AUGUUGCUGUUCACUUGUUUCUUCCUAGUUCAAAUUAUUUUUCCAUUCUCAUUAUCCCGCGGUAUUGUAAUGUAUGGAUAUCCAACUUGGAUUGUUUGCAAAGUUACAACUUCUACCGCAACUUCUACAGCUUGUUUCGAAGAUUUUGAAACAAGUAGCUAUGACUUCGGAUACUUCAACUCCAGUGCAAAAACUUGUUGUAAAACUAAUUAUGAAUUGUUGAUUUGGGCAAAUAAUGGUGGAAAAACCGAUAAAAUUAUAUUUAAUAUUGACGAUUCAUCAACAAGUUGUUCUGACAAUAAUCCAUUGAUUUAUGAUAACACAAAUGCAGGAAACUCAUUAUUUCGAAUCACUUAUAAUGCAACAUCUAAAAAUAUGAUGGUUCAAGGUAAAUUUUAGUUAUAAUAUGUAUAAUAAAAAUCCAGUGCCCGUAUCCAAUAAAGUUCGCUGGACCCGGCGAACUUUGUUGGAUAGAGGUACUGGAAUAAUUGUUUUAAGCUCGAGAAUGCACAACUGAUGCAAAUUAUUAUUAUUCACUUCGAAAUGGAAAAACACAAUGUUGGGGUUUGUAUAACAUCGAUAACAGUUAUAAUGUUGAUCAGAAGAUUGAAAUAUUGAAACAGAACAAUUUGAAGCAAACCUCGCCUUUAGAUAUUUUGUUGAUUAAUCGACUUGUUCAAGGAACCAUGGAAGGCUCUAGUACUUACAAAGUUGCCAUCGUAAUGGAUGGAAAACGAACAGAUUCUUGUAACACUCUUUCAAAUUUGAACACUGCUGCCUGUAAAUUUCCAAAUGGAUUUAAUAUUAUUGAUACACAAAAUCCAUUAUUAUCAAGUUAUCCAUUUACUUCAAAUCCAACAAUGUCAACGAGUCGAAGAUGUUUGGCAAUGUUUUUUGAUUCGGAAAAAUCGCCGUUGAAUCAAAAAGUGAACUUUGUUGAUUGUUCACAAACAACAGCUGAUGGUUAUACUUAUAUACAUGCUGUGGCAAGAAAAUGA